ACUAGAAACACAUCAGACAAAAUCGAAAAUGCCUUCAAAGACGGUAUUGCUUUUAAGUUUUAUUAUCCCAUUCACAAUUGUUAGUGAUAUCGCUGCUGAUAAAAUGAUAGCCUUCUAUGAAGAAAUCAACUGUAAGAAAGUCAACAUCGGUGGUUCAGAGAGAUUUGACUGUCCAGAUUUCGCAAAUUUACCGAGCAACAAGUGUUAUUUCCAAGGAAGAGAAUUUGAUGUGAAUCAUUCGAUUGAAGGCGAUUUUCCGCGUUGUUGGGGAAAAAGCUGUGCAUGCCGUCAACGGAACGAAACAGCGGCAUACAUUGAUUGUGCAUUCCUUCAAGAUGGAUGCGCUGAAGAGUGGGCUAUUGAAAGGGACUGGUCUUGUGUGCAAGCGUAUAAACUGAAUCAAUGCUGUCGUAGUGAUGAAAUUUGCGGCAGAGCGAUCCAAGAACUAAGCACUUGCGUGGUCGAUGGCAAGUUGUAUCACAGCGGUGAACGUAUAAAACCGAAAGAUGACUGCUACGAAUGUAUUUGCGGUGAUGGCUAUAAUAACGAAACAUCAUUGGCUGAAAAUGAACAUUGUGUCGCAACCAAAUGCGGCUUCGGAGUAAAUUUGCAAAUGCUUCGGGACGAAUGUGUUCCCAUUUUUUAUCCAGAUCGUUGUUGCACAAUAUAUAACUACAAGUGCCCUGCGAAAACCGACUCUAUUGGCAUACGUUCCGCAUUUGCUACAAACGAAAACCACACAUGUUCAUUUGGAGCACUUUCAUUGAAAAUUGGCGACACACUCAAAACUGAAGAAAGUUGCUUAAUAUGCCGUUGCUCCACACCACCAUUCUUAACGUGCAUUCGAUGGGGAGAAUGCUAAAUCUUUGGUCGGAUAAGUCAAAAGUAGCAAAGCAAAAAGUGUGCACAUUUUCGGCUUCUGCUUUCGAAACAUGAAAUCGCCAUUACUGAUUAUACAAUAAAUUGAAACAAUCUUUGAAAAAAAAAAAAAAAAUUGUUGC